AUGACACAGAACAAGACUCUCGUUUACAAGAAGAUCCCCACUGCCCUUCCCGUGGCCGGUGAGCAUCUCGUUAUCGAGGAUCGUCCCGUCGAGAUCGAUCAGGCUCCCCAGGGCGGUGUCGUCCUCGAGCUUCUCUAUGCCUCUUUCGACCCUUACCUGCGCGGCAAGAUGCGCGACACAACCGUCAAGUCCUACGCUCCCGCUUUCGAGAUUAACGAUGCUAUCGUGAACGGCUGCUUGGGCAAGGUUGUCAAGAGCGACAACUCUGACUUUGCCGAGGGUGACCUCGUUGUUGGUUUCCUCCCCAUCGCCGAGUACGUCCGUCUGGACAAGGAGACCAUCCCCAAGGUCAACUUGAGAAAGGUCCAGAACCCUCACAACCUUGACCUCGGUCUCUUCCUUGGACCUCUGGGUAUGCCCGGUCUCACCGCCUGGUCUGGUCUUCACCAGAUCGGUCAGCCCAAGAAGGGUGAGACCAUCUUCAUCAGCUCUGCCGCUGGUGCUGUUGGCCAGAUCGUCGGUCAGGUCGCCAAGCGUGAGGGUCUCACUGUUAUCGGAUCCGUCGGUGACGAUGCUAAGCUCGACUUCAUCACCAAGGAACUCGGCUUCGACCACGGUUUCAACUACAAGAAGGAGAGCCCCAAGGACGCCCUCCCCCGCCUCGCCCCCAACGGUAUCGACAUCUACUUCGAGAACGUUGGUGGUGACCACCUCGAGGCUGCUCUCGCCAACAUCAACGUCGGCGGAAGAAUCCCCGUCUGCGGUCUCAUCUCCGAGUACAACACCCCCGCCGACCAGCGCACCGGAGUCAAGGGUCUCGUCAACCUCAUCGCCAAGCAGGUCAAGAUGGAGGGCUUCCUCGUCUCCCACCCCCAGUUCGGCCCUGCUUACGCCAAGGAGCACCAAGAGAACCUCCAGAAGUGGCUCGCUGACGGCAGUGUCAAGGCCAAGCUCUUUACCACGGAGGGUAUUGAUAACGCCGCCGAGGGUUUCAUCGGUAUGCUCGAGGGCAAGAACUUCGGCAAGGCUGUCCUUAAGUUUAAAUAG